CUGUCAAACGCGGAAUCCAGUUACUAGCGAGAGAUAUCCAUCGACAGAUACUUCGACCAUGGCCUCGUCCUCCGCUCUGAUCACGCUGCUUGUGGCCCUUGGCUGCGCUGCGGCGGCCUCCGCGGCCACGUUCACGGUCGGAGACGGGCAAGGGUGGACGACCGGCGCCGAUUACGCCACCUGGGCCAGUGGCAAGACCUUCUCAGUUGGAGACAAGCUCGUGUUCAACUACGCCAGCCAGGCCCACACGGUGACCGAAGUCACCAAGAGCGAGUACGACGCCUGCUCCAGCAACGCCAACGGUGAAAACAGUGGCGCCACCACCAAGACCCUCAAAGCCGGCGCGAACUACUACAUCUGCACCAUCGGCACCCACUGCGCCGCCGGCAUGAAGCUCGCCGUCACCGCCGGCGACUCCAGCCCCGGUACCCCCGCGGCGGGGACGCCACCCACCACCCCGUCCGGGUCCGGCGGCUACCGCAGGGAGGCCGGCCCCGUCCUCGCGGCCACCGCUGGCAUCCUCCUCAAGCUCGCCCUCUUCUGAGCCGCCGAUGAUUCGAUGUUGGAAAGUUUCGCCGAUCGUUCUACGUUUUCUUCUGACGGCCACGCACUAGUUUGUACUACCUCUGUUCCUAAAUAUUUGUUGUUGGGGAGAACUAGACUAGUUCUCUCCAACAACAAAUAUUAUGGUACGGAGGGAGUAGUAGAGAGUGGUUGCCUGUGCUUUCCUGAUGUGAUAUGAUUGGUUGGUAUCGUAGCAGUUGGCGUGAGUGACUUUGUAUGGAUCAUUAUCUCGAUGUUUCUGUCAGUAGUGAUAGGACUCCUCCAUAUCACGGUGGUUAAAUAAGUAUGGAUUCUGUCAA